CAGGACCAAAUCGCAGUAGAACAGGGACGUGAUAAUGUACUGGUAUCUCCUGACGGCUCUGUCCACAACUCUGUUACCCAUCGCGGCGAACGCUGUUCAAAGCGACGAAACAAACCCCCAGGAUUUGUCUCAUAGUAAGUUGACCCGGUAGUUCUUUUCAUAACUUUGUCGCUAAAAGCUACGUUUACAGCCUUCAUAAACACCACACAAUGGCUCGCCGCGCGUGCCAAGGUCGAUUCAUGGAUAGCAGCAAUGGAUACGACCGAGAAAGCAUUCGUUGUGACUGGUACAUUCUCAGGGACUUGCAUUGAGGAUAUAGCACCAAUUAAGAGUAUUGGGUUUUCAGGCUUAUGCCUCCAAGAUGGUCCAGCCGGUAUUCGUCUUGCUGAUCUGGCCAGCGUCUUUCCCGCUGGAGUGACUACGGCGGCAACAUGGGACAAAGAGUUGAUGUAUCAGCGAGGGUCAGCCAUGGCUUCUGAGUUCAGAGCAAAAGGUGCACACGUUUUACUUGGUCCAGCCGGAGGCGCCCUUGGACGAAGCCCUUGGGGCGGCCGUAAUUGGGAGGGAUUCUCGCCAGACCCUUACUUGACCGGUGCAGCCAUGGACUACACAAUCCGAGCAAUUCAGGACGGAGGCGUCCAGGCUACUGCAAAGCAUUUUAUCGGUAACGAACAGGAGACAAUGCGAAAGCCUACCAUGAUCAAUGGAAAGAUGGUUGACUCAGUAUCCUCCAAUAUUGACGAUCGCACUCUACAUGAGCUGUAUUUGUGGCCCUUUGCAGACGCCGUCCAUGCGGGAGUAGCGUCAGUGAUGUGUGGAUAUAACCGGGUUAAUGGGUCCUACAGCUGCGAGAAUGCGCAUCUUAUGAACAAAAUUCUGAAGGAUGAGCUGGGGUUCCAGGGAUAUGUUAUGUCUGAUUUCCUUGCUACACCUCACGGUGUCGACCCCAUUAAAGCGGGACUGGAUAUGAACCAACCUGGGCCAGCAUCUCUGCUGCCAUUGACUGAGACCUACUGGGGAAGGAACCUUGCGGCCGCUGUGGAAAAUGGCACUUUAGCGGAGGCAAGACUAGAUGACAUGGUCCGUCGGGUUCUUACUCCUUAUCUCUACCUAGGUCAAGACAAAGACUAUCCAGCCAUUGACCCAUCAUCUGGCCCACUUCUGUACAAUAGCUUUGGAUAUCCCGUUCCAGGCGGGUUCACACCAGCAGGUCGCGAUGUCCGAGGGAAUCACUCCACUCUCAUACGCAAUAUAGCUGCAGCGGGGACAGUUCUCUUGAAGAAUGAGAACUCUAUCCUUCCCCUAAAUAAAUCAUUGACGAACAUAGGUGUCUUCGGCAACGAUGCAGCCGAUCCAACGAUGGGGCUUUUGUAUCCCAAGACCGAUGGAGCAGAAAUUGGGACGGUCAUCGUGGGAGGAGGAUCCGGCGGUGGCCGGCCCAGCUAUAUUGUCAGCCCUCUGGAUGCAGUCAGAGUCUAUGCACAAGGGAUUGGGGCACGGGUGCAGUACGUCACAAAUAAUACUGCCAUCGUAACGGGAAGUCUCACGGGUCUAUAUCCCUUGCCCGAAGUCUGCCUUAUGUUCUUGAAAUCUUGGGCAUCAGAGGGUGUCGACCGCAGCACCCUAGUGCCGGACGACAACUCGGCAAGUGCCGUGAAUAAGAUUGCCUCACUAUGCCCUGGUAGGACUAUCGUGAUCACUCACUCCGGAGGGCCAGACAUUAUGCCAUGGGCGACGAACCCUAAUGUCAGUGCAAUCAUUGCGGCACAUUACCCCGGCCAAGAAUCUGGAAACUCCAUUAUGGAUAUACUGACCGGGAGGGUGAAUCCCUCUGGGAAACUCCCAUAUACGAUUGCUGCUGAGGAAGCAGACUAUAAUACCCCCAUAGUGAAUAUCACAGGGCCUGAGGCUGAAGACUCGUCAGCGUGGCAAAGUGAUUUCACGGAAGGGCUCUUUAUUGACUAUCGGCACUUCGAUCAAAAGAACACUACUCCACUUUACGAAUUCGGGUUUGGACUGAGCUAUACGACCUUUGACCUGGUAUCCGAUCUGACAAUCUCCGCGCCGACGUCGAAGGUUCCUGCACGUCCACCAGUGACAAACGGAACGCUUGCAUUGGGUGGAAACCCGAGUCUCUGGAAGACACUAGUGGUGUGCUCAACUGAGGUAACCAACACUGGCCAUCUCACAGGGGCUACAGUAGUCCAGUUAUACAUCUCUCUGCCUGAAGGUAAUGUUCCGGCUGGCACUCCAGUUCGCGUACUUCGUGGAUUCGAAAAGGUCGAGCUUGUACCUGGAGAGACAAAGAAAGUCUCUUUCGCAUUGACACGCCGUGAUAUGAGUUACUGGGAUGUUGUUGCCCAGGACUGGAAGAUUCCGAGCGGCGAGAUAGUAAUUAGUGCUGGGUUUAGCUCGCGGGAUCGACGGGUUACUUCUACCGUCAGCUUGGUGUGAAGAAUGGAAGGCCGAUAAGUGAGAUGCCUGCAGAGUUGGAUUUAGUAGUGUACGGUGAUACAUAUGUAAUUUAUAUAGAAGUAGAGAACUAAAGGACAAGACAGUUUUGGGUAUAACGGUACGAAAGAGGUUUUGAGACACCAUUGGUAAUAGAUUUAAAGUAUUCUA